CACUCAGAUUCAGAUCAAGGCGUUCUUACCAAUCACGCUGCCUAAUUCAGAUCACAAACUUUUUAAACACAUUUCUUGUUCAGAGUCAGUAUAUGUGCAGUUUGUUAUGGCAUCUGCAUGCAUGUUGUUGAUUAAUCAUCAGCACACAUGCACAUCUGUUAUGAACCCUCCUACAAGGAAAACAGCUCAACAAGAAUAACAAUGUCAAUCCUUAUUAUGUAUUCAAAGUUCAUGAGAUCUGUUUUAUGGUCUAAGUCCUGUGUGUCUGCUAUUAACCAUUAACUGCCCCUCAAGAGAUGUCAUGGAAGAUUAACUUUUUAUCUGAAGCCAUCAGCACUGCUGUAACUUUUUUGUAUUCUGGUUAAUCUGUUAUUAAAUUUAUGUUAAAGGGGUGAAAAUGGCCCCAAGAGAGGUGAAUUAGAGAAGAAUGACAGCUUUUCAUAGUUUUUGAUUAAUUCAGUGACUAUCGUGAUUCCUUUACUGGAGUACUAUUUUAGGAAAAUUUGCAGAACAUAUCAGAUGUGCCUGCCUUGUCUUUUUAUCAUAGUAUUUCAUAAUCUCAAAUCAAAACAGCUGGAAUGUGUUUUAGAAGCAUAUGCAUAGUUAUUCCUAAGAUUUAAUUCAAUAACAAAAUGCACUUUGACAUGGAAAUGUUACAUAGCCAACCUGAACUCACAGAAAUGUCACAUAGGGAUGGCAGAUAUAGAUAUUCCUUAUAAUUAUAUUAAUUAUAAUUGAUUAUAAUUAGUCUUUUUUUCUUCUUUGUUUGUGCUCUUCACCCUUAUCUUCUGUGUAAGGACAUGGCCACAUACAAGCCAAGGGUGAUUUCUCUGACCAAGAGGCCUGGUCAAACUUUUGGCUUCUAUCUGAGGGUGGAGCAGAGUGAGGAGGGUCACCUGAUCCGUUGCCUGGAAAUGGGGGGUCCAGCUGAACUGGCUGGCAUGAAAGAUGGAGACCGCAUCCUCCGGGUCAAUGGGACAUUUGUUGAUGAACUGUCCCACUCAGAGGUGGUGGAGCUGGUGAGAAACAGUGGAGCAUCUGUCACAUUUCAUGUUCUGGAUGAGUCAUCUUACAAGCAAGCAAAAUCUCAGGGAAUAAAUCUGUCAGACCCUAAAAGCAGACCAGUUCUCAAUGGAGUGUCUAAAGAGGCUCCAAAACCCAAGCUUUGCUACCUGGUGAAGUCCAGCUCAGGCUUUGAGUUUUCUCUUCGUUCAGUUAGAGGUGAGCAAGGUCUGUUCAUGACAGAGGUAAUUUCAGGAGGAGUGGCACACAGAGCAGGGGUCCGAGUCAAAGACCGCCUGCUAGAGAUCAAUGGGGAGAAUGUAGAAAACCUCACACAUGAUCAAGUGGUGGAAAAAAUCCGACAGGUAGGCAACAGCAUGAUGUUCCUACUAACUGAUGAGGAAACAGACAAGUUCUAUCAGAGCAAACAAACAAAGAUAGGAGCAUGGCUUGCAACCGUCAAGUAUCUCCCUCACACACCACGCAUCAUCAACAUGACCAAAGGAUCUGAUGGAUAUGGCUUCCUGCUCAGAGAGGAACCCAAACAACCAGGACACUUCAUAAAGGAUAUAGACAGAGACAGCCCGGCAGAAAGAGGAGGUCUGAAGGAAAUGGACAGAGUGGUUGCUGUGGAAGGCAAGCAGGUAGAGAGUUGCACCCAUGAGCAGGUGGUGGACACAAUCAAGCAAAGUGGAGACAGCUGCUGCCUCCUUGUGGUGGACAAAGAUACAGACCAAAUGUAUAAGCUGGGGGAUGUGUCUCCAAUGCUUUUCUUGGAGGAGAUGAAGAAUUCCAACUCACCACCCAGUUACAUCGAAGCUAUGACUGAUCCUCCUGUCCAACCAUCCACACCUGUUGAAGACAGUAGAGAGAACCUAAGGCCUAAGCUGUGUCAGAUGGAAAAGGCAGCCGCUGGCUAUGGCUUUCACUUAAAUGGCAUCCAGGGAGUUUGUGGUCAAUACAUUGAGGAUGUUGUGAAGGGUGGAGCAGCUGAUGAAGCAGGUCUGGAGAAUGGUGACAUUGUAGUAGAAGUAAACGGAGUUAAUGUGGAGCAGAGAGGCUAUGACGAAGUGGUGGAAAUGAUCCGCAGUAGUGGCAACAACCUGGAGAUGCUGGUAGCGAGCAAGAACGUCUAUAAACAGCUUAAAGGUAAAGGGGUGACCAUCACACGUCACCUCCUCGAAGAAACACACUAUGCUCGAGGCCUCACCGCAGACAGUCCAACAAUCAGCGAGAAGAAGAAGCAGGAGGAGGCCAGGCCUGAAACACUGACUGACCCAGAACGAAAAAGGACCUCAUCUGUGUCAUCAUCAUCGUCUGCAAGCAGCAUGGAUGAAAGACUCUGAGACGCCACCUGAAGGACACGUUUCUGAUUUGUAAUAAUCUGAUCUAGAUCUUUUUUUCUUAAGAGAUAUGCUCUAUAUGCUCCACACAGUUAAAAUCAACAGUAAAAUGGAACAAGACACAAACACAGAAUAAAGACAGUAAAGAUUUUUGUUGAGUUUCACUGUCAAAAUCAGAUUUAUAGCAGAGCAGCUGUUUCUUGUUUUGAAAUGUUAAGCGUUCAGGAACAUGUGAUCAUCCUUUUAUGUACUUGUUGAUCAGAGCAUGUGAAGUGAUGAAUAAUGCCUUUCCCAUAUCUGAGAUUACCAAUGUUACCUAUGUUAAAAUUGUCAUCUAUGUUGCCAGUAAGCACAGUGGUGUUUGGUGUAUUUGUCUGUCGAUCCACGAACAGCUGCCUUUAAAGUUUAAAAAUAGAAAAGGAAAAAAAAAACACUGUUCCCAUUUCUGAAUAAAAGUAACAUUUCAUGAACAAAAUAAA